AUGGCAGCUGAUGAUAAACCUUGGAAGAGCUGUCAAGAUAAUAUUUCCUUUUUAAUUAAAUCAAGGGUUGACUGCACUUUUAUUAAACCUUUUAAUAAAAAUAUUAAUAAUUUAAAGCAUUAUGUUGAAAUUAAAUCUAUUUUUGAGUCAAAAAAUACAUCUUUAGAUUUUACAAAACUUGAAAUGGAAAAACCCGAUUUUCACAGAAAAUCCAUAUUAAAAUUUUUAACAAUCUAUUUUCAAUGUCUUUUUGGUGGAAUGGAAAAAACGGUUGUAGUGCAAAGGAGCAAAGCAUUUAAUUUAUUUAAAAUUAAAGGAUUAGAUAUCAAUUUCAUUAGAACAUUGUUGAAUAGUCAUAUUCACAAAUGCUUGAAUUGGUUCGGAGUAGUUUGUGAGUGGAUAUUACGCUCAAUUCCCAGAGAUAAAACAAAAGCAUUCAGAUUAAAAUAUGUUAAAAAACAAAAAUGCUUAAGAUUGAUUGAAAUUACUAAUCAAGCAGAAAUUGAGAGAACCAGAAGCUUAUUACUUUUAAAAGAGUUUAUCGACCAUAGAAAAGGUUUAUAA